AUGUCAGUAAAUGUAUCAGAGUCUGAAACUCCAAUGGAAGUUCAAUUAGAAGAUAAUAAUGGAGUUAAAAUUGAAGAAAAAAAACCUAUAGAUAUCGCCAAAGCUAAAGCUUCCUUCCAAGAUAGAGCUCAACAAUAUCUUGUGGAACAAGGUAAACACAUCAUAAUGCCAUCAUUCUCUAAAUGGUUUGAUAUGAAUGAAAUUCAUGAUAUUGAAAAGACCCUGUUUCCUGAUUUCUUUGAUGAAACUUCCAAAUCUUCCUAUAAAAGUGCCAACAGUUAUAAAUACACUAGAGAUUUCAUGAUCAAUUGUUAUAGAUUAAACCCCAUAGAAUAUUUAACUGUUACAGCUUUAAGACGUAGUUUAUCAGGAGAUGUUGCAAGUAUUAUUAGAAUACAUCAAUUUUUAGAGAAAUGGGGAUUAAUUAAUUAUCAAAUUGAUCCAAGAACUAAACCUUCCACCAUUGCUCCUCAAUAUACUGGACAUUUUCAAAUUGUUUUAGAUACUCCAAGAGCUUUAGUACCAUUUAUCGCAGAAGAUGUUGAAAUAAUCAAUGAAUCUCCAAUCAAAGAAAAUGGUGAUUUACCUUCACCUGUAAGUUCUGACGAAGAUUUUAAAACCAUCCCAUUAAAUUUGGAAGUUAGAAGAAAUAUUUAUGAUGAAAACAAAGAUUUUAAAGAAAAUACUAAUCAAUAUAUUUGUAAUGUUGCAGGUAAAGAUACAAAUGAAGUAAGAUAUCAUAAUUUGAAAUCUAAAGAUCAAAGUAACAUAGCUCCAAGUAUCAAUAAUGGUAAUAAUAUAUCAGAAGAAUGUUUCCAACAAGGAUUAUUCCCAUCAAAUUUCCAAUCAACUGAUUUCUUAAAAUUUUCAAAACAAAAAGAUAAUGAUAUUUGGACUGAACAAGAUAUAAUUUUAUUAUUAGAAGGAAUUGAAAUGUUUGGUACUAAUGAUAUAACUAGUAAUGAUCCUGCCGAAAAUUUAUCUCAAUUUACUAAGAAUUCUAAUCAAUGGGAAAGAAUCAGUAAUCAUGUUGGUACAAAAUCAAAACAACAAUGUAUUUUGAAAUUUAUACAAUUACCUAUUGAAGAUAAAUAUUUGAAUAAGUUAAUUGAUACAAAAUCCAUCACCAAAGAAUCAUCAACAAAGGAGAAUUUAGUUGAGAAAGUUGUUGAACAAAUCAUCAAAUCAAAUGAAGGUAAAGAACUUUUAACUAAGAACUCUCAACAAAAAUUGGAUGACAUAAAUAAAGAUUCUACUGGUUUAAUUAAUCAAAUAACUGAAUUAACCUUAGAAAAAGUUAAUUUGAAAUUGAAUAAUUUAUCUUUAUUAGAAGAUAACUUAGUUAACAUCGAAAACCAAUUGAAUUUAGAAAGGAAACAACUUUCAAUUGAAAGAUGGUUACAAUAUGAAAAGAUUAUGAAUUUCAAAAAAUCAAAUCAAAUACCAGAAAUUUCCAAUCUUUUAGAUGAUUUAUUGACUCCAGUAUCAAUAAAAGAGAUUAAUAAGGAAUUCAAUAAGAAGAUUGAUUUAUCUGAUAGUUUGUCUAAUAGUAAGGAUACGUCUGAUGUUAAUAAUUUACCUUUGAGUGUUACUAAACCUCAGGCUUAUCAAUUCUGGUCUGGUUGA